CAAUUUCCAUUAACUCGGAGAAUAAUGGAGAUUGUGUCUUUGGUAGUUCUGCUGCUGCUGCCGCCGCCGCCGCCGCCGCCGCAGCCGCCGAAGCAAGUACCGGCUGCUGAGUGCCUGACGAGCUGCGGGGAUGUGAACAUCCCCUACCCGUUCGGCAUCGGCCCCAACUGCUCCUUCGGCAACUUCUACACACUCGCCUGCACGAAGAACGCCCACGGCCACGACCGGCUUUUUCUAGGUAGCGAUGGCGCGGAGUCGGUGGAGAUCAUAGAUAUCUUGUUGUCGCAGGGCAAAAUGCGGGUGUAUAAUCUGAUCUCGUGGAAUUGCUAUAAUCAAAGCAGCCCGGAGUGGUAUUUCAAAAUGAACGGAUGGCCGUACAGAUUCUCCGACGCCGACAACAAGUUCACCGUCAUCGGCUGCGACACCUUCGCCUACAUCAACGGCACCCAGGGCGGCAAACCGUACCGGAGCGGAUGCAUGACCUUCUGCCAGAACGACAGCCUCUCCGCCGGCGGAUCCGGCUCGUGCGCCGGCCUCGGCUGCUGCCAAACCUCCGUUCCCCGGGGCCUCGACUACAUCGCCGUCUGGUUUGAUUCCGAACACAACGGCUCCAGCACGAGGAGCUUUAGCCCUUGCAGCUACGCGGUGCUGGUGGAGGAGAAUAAUUUCAGCUUCCAGAGCUCUUACAUCACGACCACCGACUUCUUGGAUGAGAGUUACCAUGGAAGGGUGCCGGUGGUGCUGAGUUGGGCGAUCGGAUACACAACGUGCGAGGAAGCCCGGCUAGACUACAGCAGUUACGCCUGUGUGAGUGAGCACAGCAAGUGCGUUGACUCCUCCGCUGCUCCUGGAUACCUUUGCAAUUGUUCGAUCGGAUUCGAAGGCAACCCUUACCUCCGCAAUGGAUGCCAAGACAUCAAUGAGUGUCAAAUUCAUCCAAAUCCAUGCAAAGGCAAUUGCUACAACACGCUCGGUGGCUAUAAUUGUUCUUGUCCGCAAGGCACAACGGGCAAUGCUUCCAGCACUGGCUGCUUCCGUCUCCCCACUCCCAUCCUCAUCCCUAUACCACCCAUACGGCGACUGCCCUUAGUGAUAAAGAUUGUGAUAGGCGUCUGUGUCGGUAUCAUUUUCUUGCUAUCAUGCGGUUUGUGUUUUUAUGUGAUUUAUCAAAGAAGAAAACUUGAAAAGAUUAAGAGAAGAUAUUUUGAAGAGCAUGGAGGUAUUGACUUAAAGAAAAAGAUGAAGGAGGAACAGAACCUUACAUUUCGAAUAUUUGCAAUCAAAGAACUAGAGAAAGCAACAAAUAAUUUUGAUGACAAACAAAUUCUGGGUGAAGGAGGUAAUGGAAUCGUGUAUAAAGGAGUUUUAGAAGACAAAUGCAUCGUGGCUAUAAAAAAACCAAAGCUCAUCGAUGAGAGCCUAAAGAGAUGUUUUGGAAAUGAAACACUCAUUUUAUCACGCAUCAACCAUGACAACAUAGUAAAGCUCUUGGGUUGUUGUUUGGAGAUAGAGAUGCCAAUGCUGGUCUAUGAGUUUGUCCCCAAUGGAACUCUAUGUCAUCUUAUUCAUAAAAUUAAGAAUCAAUCUCGAGUUUCUUUGGACACUCGACUAAGGAUUGCAUAUCAGUCCGCUACAGCUUUGGAAUAUUUGCACAUGGAAGCUUCUCCUAGUAUUAUUCAUGGAGAUAUAAAACCUUCCAAUAUACUUCUAGACAAUGAUUACAAUGCCAAAGUUUCAGACUUUGGGGCUUCGAAGCUAAUACCCAAGGAUGAGCAACAAUUCGCUACACUGGUGCAAUUCACUCACGGUUACAUUGAUCCCGAGUGCCUUCAAACAUAUGAAUUGACCUACAAAAGUGAUGUUUACAGCUUUGGUGUGGUUCUCCUGGAGUUGUUUACUGGUAAAAAAGCAAUUUCUUUUGAAGGACCCGAGGAACAAAGAAAUUUGGUGACAACUUUUGCUUUGUUCAUGAAUGAGAAUCGUGUAUUUGAUAUCUUCGACAAUCAAGUGAAAGAGGAAAGUAAUAUGGAAUUUAUUCAAGAACUUAGUGAGCUAAUCAAACGAUGUUUGUACUUGAAGGGGGAAGACAGGCCUGAGAUGAAGGAAGUGGUUGAGGAGCUGCAUACACUAAGAAGGUUCAUGCAACACCCAUGGUCGUCGGAACAUGAACAAGACAAUGUCGAGAGGGAGGGCCUGCUAGAGGAGAUCACAACUCAGACUUAUGGAACAAGAGAAUUAACCGUUUUCUAUAGUUGCGACGCAUCUGAAACAUUGCAUACGGAAGGUAAUUAGUUGAAGACACAGUCAUACCCAAUCUCAUCUUCCUCCUCAUCAGUUAAUGAUGCCAUAAAUAUACAAAAGACAUCUUGAAUACACAACUUUAUGUUAAGUAAGCUUGUAUGUGUUUUAUGUAUUUAUUGUUAAGAUUUGUGUACGGUGAAUCAGUGUUAUGUGUGAAUUUUGCAAAUGUUAUAGAUUUGGACAAACAAUUUGUAAUAUGCCUGGGACUAAAGUUUCAUUAACAAUGGAGAACUUUUUCCCUCUUC